AUGUCAUCAAAAUACGCAUAUCAUUUCAGAUUGAAGGAGUUAAAGAUGCAUGUUCAUGAAGCUAGUCUGUCCGUAAUAGAGUUGCAUGCGCUAUUUAGGGUUCUUCGCAUGACUUAUAAAAAGAUUGCGGUUCUACCCGUAUUUUAUAUUUAUAUUUACUACAGUACAUUUACCAAACUCAAGAUGCGUUCCUGUAGUAUCCUAAUCUGCCUUUGUGCAACCGUUAUGAUGGUGACAUCUGAAUAUGUUUCAGUUCAAGUUAGAGCCGCUGAUUCUUUUAGUAAGCCGAAUAAAGCCCCAGAAAGCGGUAGAAUUUACUUGAGUCGUAGAGGUUUAGACGAAGCUUUAAAAAAACGAGAUAUCAAAAACACUUUACCCAAUGAAAGAAAGGAUCGGAUAUACAAUUCUAGAACCUUUAUUAAUGCUAUCAAAAGACGAGAAGAAGAGGCCGAUAGCGAUGGUAAAAAUGAAGAUGAAGAAAGUAGAGAUGACGAAGACAAAGAUAUUGCAAGCAAAACCGAUAAAGACGAAGAUAAAAAUAAAGACGACGAUGACAAUAAAGACGAAGAUGACAAUAAAGAUGAAGAUGAAGAUGAAGAUGAUAUGGAUGAAGAAGAGGAAGAGGAAAACGAUGAGGAAUAAAACAAUUUAACUGUGGCCG